AUGAUCUUCCUGACAAGCGCCGGUACUGGCCUGCACCUGCGGGAUCAGAGGAAGAAGGUCUCAGGAAUGCUGCGUCUGCUUACGCCCGAGGUUGUCGCGGACGCAGCGCGUACACAGAUCCAGACCGGUGAACGGGUGUGUUUGAAUUGGGAUAUUGAGAACUUGACUCCGCCAGGAUUCGGGCGCAAACCCUUCGAGCACCGCAUCAAGUGGGUGGCUGAGGGCGUCGCCUUCGACGAUGAAUACCAUUUCAACCCACAACAAUCAUCUCAGUGGGAUGGAUUCCGUCACCACAAUCAGCCUGCACCCACGCCCGACAAUCCCGAGCGUCGAGUCUUCCACGGCGGCACAACCGCCGAGGAAAUCAAAGACACCGACUCCCCCCGCAUCGGCAUCGGAUUCUGGGCGAAGCGAGGUAUUGCCGGCCGCGGGGUACUAAUCGACUACGUCUCUUACGCAGAGAAGAAAGGAAUUCCCCUGAAUGCACUUACCCGCCAGACGAUUUCCCUGGACGAAGUCCUCGAGAUCGCGGCCGAGUCCAACAUCACCUUCCAGCACGGCGAUAUCUUCUUCCUGCGCGUUGGACUACCGGGGACAUGGGCAGGUAUGUCGGCUGAUGAGCGACAGGCGUAUAGUGAGCAGUCGAUGCCGCAACAUGCGGGUAUUGAACAGAGUGAGCGGGUGCUUCGGUUCAUGUGGGAUAAUCAUUUUGCGGCUGUUGCGUCGGAUGCGGUUAGUUUUGAGGUCUUUCCGGCUCGCCAGCCAGAGUUUGACCUGCAUCAUUAUCUGCUCGCUGGAUGGGGGGUGCCUAUUGGGGAGAUGUUUGAUCUGGAGGAGUUGGCAGCAACGUGUCAGCGGUUGGGACGGUGGAGUUUCUUUAUGUCGAGUAGUCCGUUGAAUUGUGCGCGGGGGGUGUCGAGUCCGCCGAACUGUAUGGCGAUCUUCUAG